GAUCGCUACCGGGAGAUGAUGGUCUCGAAGCGCGAGUUCGACUUUCUGUUGGUGUGCAAACGCAGCGCGGUGGACCCUCUCCCGAAACUACCCCCACGAACGUUGGUGGUGUGGUGUCCAGCGUGCCCACAUGCCACCAAAAAUAUGCGACCGGGCUGGGAACGGAGGCGCCACGACCUGAGAUACCUGGACGCCGUGUUCUACAGCGUCGACGGCAAUUUCCAUUCCAAACAAUGCGCGAAGCCGAUGGACGUAAAUGAUGUCGCCUUGACUGAGGGCGCGGCGUACUUUGUCGAUCAGGCCGACUUCGAGAGAUACCAAAAGAAGAUAGGGCCAGAGGAACAGGAGGAAUCCACAUGCCACAAGUUCGUCGUGAUGGGGUAUGGCGGUCACCGGGGAUUGGUCACCGGAAUUGCGGCGCUACUGUGUCGCCACAUGAUGUUGAUACCGGCAGGCAUCAUCGACCUGAAAGGGGCCGAGAGGUACGUCUCCCAAUCUUACGUGGACUUUGCCGUCGUAUCUGGGUCGCAAAGCUUCGCGUCUCUUCGGCUGAUCAAGCUCGCGUACGACAUCGCCUGUCAAUACAUGGCGCACUUCCUCCGAAGGCUGCGCAAGAUGGAGCCCUUGGUACCACUACUGCCGAGUCUGACCACCGCCAAACUGCCAGAGGUUCAGGGAUCUGUGGGGAAAUUCCACGUGAACGGACACAUUGUGGCAUGCUGUACGUUCCAGUUGCCAAACUACCUUCCCGGCAACGGCCGCGUCGACAGCGAAGGAUCUGAACGCGAAUGGGACUUGCUGAACCCGUCUGCAAAGGCGACACAAGAGAUGACACUGGGCCAUCGCCACGACUCUCUCAACAGCAUCAGCUCGGAUCUCAACGUGAGACAAUUGCACAAAAUGCCGCAAACUCUGAGCAAGGAUCAUGCCAAAGCCGAGAAGUGGCGGCGAGAGAGCGGACACUAUCUGCGGUUUGUGGAGAGGAAGAUUCCUCUGGAUGUGAUAGCCCAGUGGAAGGAGGAGGAGGCAGACUGGCUCCGGCAGGUCGUGGACAUCAAGAACCACAAAGACAUGGCGAAUCCCUACGUCGCGAGCGGACCGAAAGGUGCGUAUUUGUGUAUCUUCAGCAAACAACGCUAA